AUGAAACGAAUACUCUCAAAACUUCGCGUCCCUGAUGCUGCCCAACAAUUCCUAAACUCUGCUGCAGACGUGUUGAUGCCAUUCGGGCACACACCCAUCCAGCUCAAGCGUGUCUUUAAAGCGGCGUUGCUAACAACCAUUUGCUUCAUGUUCAGUUGUAUUGACAGGGUUGAUAAUAAGCUCGGGAAUGCUAGUUACCUUUGCGCACUCAUAUCGGUGUCCAUGCAUCCAGGUCGCCGUCUUGGAGCUAUGAUGCAGUCCCUAGCUUUUGGUUUGACUGCUGUCUUGAUUGGUUUGCCAUACUCUCUAUUUGCACACUUUUGUGCCAAAAAAACCUACGACGCCACUAACGAUCUACAAAAAGCCUAUGGGAUUUUCGUCAUCUUUUUAUUUAUUGUACUUUGUGUAUUUGGCUAUGUUAGAUCAGUAGCUCCUCGUUUUUUCUCAGUCGUCUUUGUGUGGUUUCUCAUUUGCCAUUUCUCGUUUCUUUUGCCUAUAACGACAUCUUACAGACAAAUUGCUUACGAUUAUAGUGUUCCAUUCAUUAUCGGUAUUGGCUUGUCAUUUUUUGUCAGUGUUACUGUUUUCCCUGAAUUCGGUUCAACCUAUAUCGGUACAACCGUAUUAUCGGCAAUGCACGAGCUCCAAGUAAUGUUUAGCAAUACAUCCUAUUUCUUUACAUCUUUUGACACUGAUGAUCCACACAAUGUCAAGGAGCAUUCUCGUAAACUGGCUGCUCUGCUCUCUCAAAAGAAGAAGGUUCGCACGUCAUUGGCAGCUUGCGACGCCACAAUGCUUGAGUGCACCUACGAAUUUUCCUACUCGUUCAUGGCGCCACAGGAACUCAAAUCACUAUUAAAGAAAAUGAGAAACUUGAGCGUCACUGUAAACGCUUUGCACGUGGCUUGCGAGCUGGCAUUAGGUGUUUUUGCCGGUUAUCAACCCGAAAAGGAUCAGGUAGCCUUUACCGAUUUGAAGAAAGAUCCCGAUCCAAUGUCAAGUUCUCACGACAUUAUCGAAAGCAUUAAGCCGGAAAAAGAAGCCAGUUAUGCAAAUAAAGAACUAUUAGUUGAGUUCAUCAAAUCAGUCAAUGAGCCUGUCCACAAAGUUACGGAGAUUGCGCUUGAGGCUCUCAAUGAAACCAAGUGUGUUUUGGCCUAUACUUAUGAUGCCAAGGUCCACAGCCUAAAAUUUUCAAAUGCGGUGGAUGCAACAUUUGUUGAUCUUGACCAUGCCGAGGUUCACAAAAAAUACGAGGUAUCGCUUGAAAAAAUUGACAAACAUUUGGGAGAAUUGGCAGCUGCAAAUGAGUCCUUUUCUACACUUGUUAAGAGUGAACUCAGCAAAAUUUCUGAUAAGGAGUUUGAUUUAGUAUAUCUUGUUCCUCAGGAAGAGUAUUUUGUGCUAUCACUAUUUCUGCUUAAUUUCCGUGAAACAGCUCUCCUUGUUUCCCAAAUUCUUUCUCAAGUUCGGACUCUUUUGGAGAUUCGCCAAAGCCGUGAAACACAUGGGUUUUUUGGCCGCAAAAUGUGGUUCUCUAUUAUACAUGUGCGUCACAAUUGGAGCAAAUAUUUGAAAACCGGUACUGCAGAGCUGCAAGAAGGUGAAACAGCAAGUAUUGCCGCCACGAAACAAACUAGCAAUGACGUUGGUGAGUCUAAACCUUCAUACGCUCGCAACCCAGGACUACGACGGCAGUCUAGUUUUGAUACACUUGCUAGUGCUGCUAAAGAUACCAAGAGGGCCACAGUUGAACGGGUUUUAUUGAAAAUCCGGCUCAGACUGAUCCGGGUUCUGGAUCAGCUUCGAGAACGGCGGCUGCACCUGCUGAAUGCAUUUCGCACGGCGCUUACAAUUUUCUUGGUGACUUUCCCAGGGUACUCGGUUCACAUGCGUACAUGGUUUAAUAAUACCAGAGGAUCAUGGGUCGGAUUCGCAGCUAUUAUAGCUUUGGAGACAAAUGUUGGUGCUACCGGAUUUGGUUAUGUGAUGAGAACAAUCUCUGUGGUUUUGGCUUCUGCUUGGGGAUAUGCUUUAUAUGCGGCCGGCAACUAUGGGCAUGACCGGUAUGUCAUGACGGUUAUGGUGUUUAUAGGAGUCGCUCCAAUGUACUACAUGAUGUUAUUGUCUCCUCAUGGGAGAGCGUUUCUUAUCGGUGUUGUUAGUUUGGUGGUAGUUCCGCUGUCAACUCUACGCAACCACGGCAUUCCAGGUACUAUUCUAAUCAACUUUGGCAAGCGGUGUGUUGCCAUGCUUGUUGGCGGAGGUGCUGCAAUGCUUGUUAACGUGGCUGUGUUCCCACAAAAAGCUCGAGUACAUUUAGUAAACCAACUAGUCAUUGCACUCAAGUCGUGCCAGCUGAUCCAGAUCCAGCUUGCGCUGGGAAUUAAUGGAGAAAAUUCGGGAGCGUCCAGAGUGUCUAUGGUGCGCAGUGAAAGCCGAUAUAAUCAGUAUCAUAGGAAAGCCAAAUCAGCUUUGGCAGCUGCAGACUCACUUCUCAAGGUGGCCAUGACUGAGCCCAGGUUAAAGGGUCCCUUUAAAACGCGUGCAGAUAUUUAUACGGAAAUUAUCUUUGUUUUGCAUCAAAUUCUUGACCGCUACAACAAUAUUAAAUUUCUGCGCCAACAAUACGGAUCAGCAGUUUUAGACGAACUUAGUCCAAACACAUAUUUAUAUCGUCGUGAAGUAUAUGCUACUAUUAUUGCGCUUUUCCGCACUACUGAAGAGGCUCUAUAUUCUAAAAAACCAAUUCCACAAUACGUUCCUUCACCAAGAAUUGCACACAUUCGUGUGGUGAAUGCUGUUCGCGAGAGUCUGGUGGAACGCAAGGUCAAACAACAGCAUAAACAAAUGCAAUCCCAAGGAUUGUCAUUUCAAGCGCGGCGACUUUUGGGUAGACCAGAAGUUCCACCAUCAGCGCAACAUGAGAUGCUGCGGAACAAAUACAUGGGUUGGAGUGCUACCAGUGUUGCCACUGAAGAGGUUAUCCAGUAUGUAGAGGAGCUUACUAACCUGGCCAAGUUCCUGGUUGGGUCGCAGGAUUUCGAACACGGGUUUUUGGCGCGACCAUUGUACGCUGAGCGUACGCGAUUAAUUCGGGAAGACUUUCAAAAGAGAAUGGGUGGUAGCAGUGGUAGCAGCAGCGAUGAUAGUCUUGAUUUAGACGGAACGCCAUUGAUAAAUGAAAAAACUGAGGAUGUUAUUGGCAAUUGUACAGUAGAGGAACCACCGCGUCAUGUUUCUGAGCCGCCUUCUGGAACAGAUUUAAUGGCGGUAUACACACAUCCUAGUUUGCGUGAAUCAUUUGUAUUUGAUAAUGAGGCUGCCGAUGCAAAUUCUCUAGUGUCACCGCUUCCCAUACAACCUUCUCCGCAUCACUUUGAGUCGUCGUUUGGUUCGAGUCCUGGGAUUACGCCUGGGUUUGGAAUGAAUUUAAAGUCAGACUACGAAAUGGCUUCACGACCAACAUCACCGACUAUGGUUCCGCUCAAGGAGCCGAUUCCUGACGGAGGAGUGUUGUCGAAGCAAGCAACACUUGAGUUCCCAAAAGAAUUGAAACGGCACCGCAUUUCUAUGCCAAUUCAUGGGGGGAUUUUCCCGCAUGGCUUUUUGAGCGGCUUUGGAGGUCAUCAUAAGGAACAGGAAACGACUCGUGAGGAAAUUCUUUCUAACAUGAUAAUACCAGAGUCUCCUCCUCCAGUUCAGCGUGUGUUAAGACCUCGCUCAACAAGCUUGGUGCGCACAAUCAGUGCGUCGUCUACAGAAUCUCAUCGCCGUCCACGCCGUGGAUCAAUUUUAUUUGGAACUUUGCCUGAAGAUGAUGAAGAAGAAAUUCCAUUGACCCUUCAGAAAAUCACCACGCAAAAGAGACAAUGGAACAAAAAACCUCAGUGA